CGAAGCUGCUCUGUAAAGCUAUCCCAUCCCAAAUUUCGACCCACCUAAGACUGCCCGCUCUUCAGGCACAUUCAUAUUACGGGCAUUUAUAAAGCCAUUGCUCCAAUGGCUUUUACACCAAGAGGAGGACGUGGCGGCGCAAGAGGUGGCAGAGGCGGCUUUGGUGAUCGAGGUGGUCGGGGAGGUGGCCGUGGUGGUGGACGAGGCGGAUUUGGCGAUCGCGGUCGGGGAGGUGGCAGAGGAGCCCCGAGAGGUGGAGGCCGUGGAAGGGGCGCUCCAAGAGGCGGAGGUGGUGCGAGGGGUGGAGUGAAGGUCAUCAUCGAACCCCACCGACAUGCUGGUGUAUUUGUCGCCCGUGGCAAAGAGGAUCUCCUUGUCACCAAAAACCUCACUCCUGGCGAAUCAGUCUAUGGCGAAAAGCGAAUCUCUGUCUCCAACCCCAAUGCUGUCAAUGGCGAUGCCCCUGCGACUUCAACCGAGUACCGUGUAUGGAACCCUUUCCGAAGCAAGCUUGCCGCUGGUAUCCUCGGCGGCAUUGAUGACAUCUACAUGCGACCAGGCUCAAAGGUUCUGUAUCUUGGUGCUGCGUCUGGCACGUCGGUGUCUCACGUGGCAGAUAUCGUAGGGCCAGAAGGAACUGUAUUUGCUGUUGAGUUCUCGCAUCGAUCAGGCCGUGAUCUAAUCAAUAUGGCCACCCACCGAACGAACGUUAUUCCCAUUGUUGAAGACGCUCGUCACCCGCUAAAGUACCGCAUGCUCGUUGGCAUGGUCGACUGCAUCUUCGCCGAUGUCGCCCAGCCCGAUCAGGCUCGUAUUGUCGGCCUCAAUGCUCAUCUAUUCCUCAAAGUUGGCGGUGGAGUGCUUGUCUCCAUCAAGGCUAACUGUAUCGACUCCACGGCGGCCCCAGAAGCUGUCUUUGCAGCCGAAGUGAACAAGCUAAGGGAACAGAGGAUUAAGCCCAAGGAGCAGCUGACGUUGGAGCCUUUCGAGCGUGAUCACGCUAUGGUGUGCGGCAUCUACCAGAGAGCCGGGUAAAGGUCACCGGGUCUUUCUUUCCGACUUGCAUUCUUGAUUCGGGCAACUGGGGCGAUGAAAUACCUGUAGCUUUUUUGGCGUUCGCGGCGCUUGAGGCGUGGACGGCGAGCUUUUUCAAUUGCAAAAGCAGUCCAAGACAGAUCUAUUAGAGCUCGAGCAGCUCGGUCC